UAUAUAUUUUUUAACAGUUGUGGGUAAAAGUUGUAAUUUCCAAUUUUCCAAAAUUUAUAUUAGUUAUAAAAUCAUGACGUGAUCCAUCCAGGGGUCGUGACCCUUAGUUUGGGAACCACAGCUGUAUUUAAAACACUUCCUGCUUCUAAUACUUUCCUAGGAACCAAGAUUUAAAUCACAGAAGAGGGUGUUUGAGUGAACGUUGUCAGUGACUCACAGACUGCCGCUGCUUUCUCCAGUUUCUAUGUCUCACAAAUUAAAAUACUUAUUAGAGUUUCCCAAAACACAUGUUCCAGCUCAAACAUAUUCCUGACCUAUUAAACUUAAAAACAAAUUAAAAAGACAAUUAGGAUAUCUUGACUUCUCUGGGCCGCUCAGAUCUGUUGUGUGGAGGGUCCGGCCCCUCGGAUGUAGAUAUGGUUUGAGACAGUGAGGCCUCUGUCACAGUUUGAAUUUGGUUCUGUAAGUUCACACUCGUUUAUGACUGAAUUAAUAGUUUUUUGUAUGAUAAAUUCAGUCAUAAUAACUCAAGUUGAAAUCCAGCUCCAACUCUAAAAUGCUCAGUAUUAAUUACAUUUAUAAUAAAAUAAAACCACAAGGGACAUGUUUCUGCAGAACAAAGACUUUGACUUUAAAUACUUUCACUGUAUUUGGUUGAUAGUCAUAGUAUAUUUAUAUUUCAGUAUAAUUCUCUGGAUUUGCACUGCAGCUGUUUUGCUGACACUGUUUUGUGGAGCCUGAGGUUGCAGCAGCCACAGGAGUCAGAGACUGGACAUGUGACCGUUUACACAGGAAGAGGAGGCAAGGAAUGAGUUACAGAUUCCUCCUCCAGGUAUUAUAUACUGAUCCACUCAGCUGCAGCUGCAGGGGCUUCAUCUCCUGCAACAGGAACUACCCUGAUCCACACAGCUGCUUCACCUCCUCCUGCAGGACAAACCCUUAUCCUGACUGCUUCACCUCCUUCUCUUUGUCCUCCUCCUUCUCCUCCUCCUCGGCACCAUGCCGGGCUGCCGUGAUUCUUGUCUGUCACAGUAUGAAACAAACAAGCUGGUCCGGAUCCAGAGCGUCCGGUUCGGGUCUCUGAAGUGGAUCCUGAAAGUAGCAGUUCUAGUGGUGAUCUGCGUCAUGAUGGUGUUGAAAAAGGAGUACCAGGAGUUUGACCCGGUCGUGAGCUCGGUCACCACCAAGGUGAAGGGUGUGGCCCAGAUGCUCCUGCCCGGGGUGGGGGACGUGGUCUGGGACGAGGUGGACUACAGCAGAGCCUCUCAGAACAAAAACUCUUUCUUCGUGGUGACAAAUGUUAUCGUGACAAAGAAUCAGAAGCAGGGGAAAUGCCCAGAGGUUCUCAGAAACGAAACGACGUGUACCGCUAAUGAAGACUGUGAGAAAGGAGCCUCGGACAAACAUAGCCACGGGAUUAAUACGGGAUUGUGUGUGAAGUUUGACGUGUUGAAGAAAACCUGCGAGGUGUCCGCCUGGUGCCCGAUAGAAACCGAGACCAGAGCUCCUAAACCUGCUCUUCUGGCAGCAGCUGAGAACUUCACCGUCAUGGUCAAGAACAACAUCAGAUUCCCUGCGUUCAACUUCAUCCGGAGGAACAUCCUCCCGCAGAUGAACCACGCCUACCUGAGGAGCUGCCAGAGGGAGAACGACUCGCUGUGUCCCAUCUUCAGGUUGGGAGACAUGGUUCGAGAGGCGGGGGAGAAGUUCUCUGACUUGGCCGUAGAGGGUGGCGUCAUCGGCAUGCUGAUCAAGUGGGACUGUAACCUGGACUGGCUGACGCGGCUCUGCCUGCCCAGGUACUCCUUCAAACGCCUGGAUGAGAAGGAGAGCAACAAGACGCUGUCCCCCGGCCUCAACUUCAGAUUCGCUAAGUACAACACAGUGAGCGGGGGGGAGGAGAGGACGCUCUACAAGGCGUUCGGCAUCAGGUUUGACGUCAUGGUGUUCGGACAGGCGGGAAGAUUCAGCUUCAUUCAGCUCAUCGUCUACAUCGGAUCCACGCUGUCGUACUACGCUCUGACCACCGUGUUUCUGGACUGGCUGAUUGGAACCAGCUGUUACUCUUCAGAGGUCGGACACAACUACUCCCAGAGGAAAGUGGAGUCGGUCCAGGACCAACAGAAGUGCGUCCUGUGUGUGUCACACGUGGACGAGAACAACAUUCGACUGGUGAGGAAAUCCCUGAAGAAAAGUUUACAAGACGUCAAACCGGUGUCCGUUCUACCACGUCAGCAGGAGGACACAGGACACCUGAGAGCCGUCCUCUGUCUGUUACAGCCGGAUGUCCACAUGAAUCACGACGCUCGUCCUCCCCCCGACCAGGAAGCCGACCCCAAGCCCAAAGCCCCCCGUCCGGCCUGGUGUCGGUGUAGCUGCUGCGCUCCCUCCUCUCUCCCGCAGGAGGAGCUGUGCUGCAGGAGGAACGACGGCGCCUGCAUCACCUCCUCCCCUCUGUUCAAGCAGCUCGUACUCCAUCGCCCCCUGUUGGAGGCUGUCCUGCUAUACAGGGACCCCUUGUCUCCACCUGGGGACGGAGGCCUCACCUCGGCCCUGCGUCACUGCGCGUACGGACAGUACAUCAGCUGGAGAUUUGGGCUGCCGCCCCCCGACGUCCACCCUGCCAUCCCCUCCUGCUGCGUGCGGAGGGUCCGGGAGUCGUACCCGAGCCCGGACGGACGGUACAGCGGCUUCACACCUGCCAGGACAAACGUGUAGGAAGGAUCUUCUUUUCCCUAUUUCCCUGUUUAAGCAGCAAAAUUACUGUUUUACAAUUUAGCUUUUGUACAAACUAAACAACUGACAUACUAACUUUUAAGCCACUGACAGGUUGGUUUCUAACCUGGGCUCGAGGCUUCUCUCUGUUUCCAGUCUUUAUGCUCAGUCCCACGUUAACAUGGACACAAUCAAUCAGACUUUUGACCUUAUUCUCAACGUGUCAUUUAUUAAAAUUUGAUUUGCAGGAAAGAAAAAAAUGCUUACAAGUUUUCAGCUGUGCAUCCUGAACUGCAUCGAAACUAACAGAGCUACUUAUAAUAAAGAAAAAUACAUUUAAUCAAAAACUAAACCACUAAACUAAUAAUAUCAAUGAAGAAAAUAUAAGGAAUUCAUAUAUUCUUGGAUCAGAAGUAAGGGCAGAGCUCAUAAAUCCAAACUAAUCUAUUCACUUAUAAAACAUCUUCUGAAUGAGAUUCUUUAAUUUGUGAUGUUUACAUGAGUUGCUAAUAGAAUAUUCCACUCAU